ACCACCCCCAAUUGUCCCCAACACACCCCCACCGGUCGUGUGUCCAAAGUGUGGUGAAAAGGUGGUGAAAAUUGUUGGUUUUUCUCUGUUUUUGUGCGAUUUUUGUGGUGCUUUUUCGCAAAAGAAGAAGAAGAGGUGCAUUCAGUCAGCGCCCCUUGCGGCGCCGUGUGCAAACCCAACAACAGUGUGUGUUUUGAGGAAAGGAGAAGAAGAAAAUGCAAUUUUCCCUUCUGCAUCUCAUUGUGGAGUGAUUUUGGCAGCGGAAGUGAAGAAAUUGGUGAUUUUGUGAGUGUGUUCUUGUGUCGUGAAGAAGAUGCCAAUGGGCGGUGUUUGGUGCUGAAAGUUCUCAAUCAAACACACACACACACAAAACAGUGGAUUUGACGCUUUCUUGUGCCUUUGAGAAAGUGAGUUUUUCGCGUGACACGCACGCCAUCCGCUUGAUGCUGAGCCACACAGUCAUCGACGACUGGCAAUGACAUUCCGCGCCCGCGAAGUGCAGUGAAAUCUCCCUCUUGAGCGCUUGUCUCUCUCUCUCUCUCUCCACCCCAGCGACGACUCUGCGCGCCCCUCAGACGCCACCCAGACAACCGCCCAGACACCCUCAAAGCAGCGCCCCUCAAGAGAUGCGCGAGUUCAAGGUCGUGGUGCUGGGCUCCGGAGGCGUGGGCAAGUCCGCCCUCACCGUCCAAUUCGUGUCCGGAUGCUUCAUUGAGAAGUACGAUCCCACAAUUGAGGAUUUCUACAGGAAGGAGAUUGAGGUUGACAACUCACCGUGCGUUCUGGAGAUUCUGGAUACCGCCGGAACAGAACAGUUUGCCUCAAUGAGGGAUUUGUACAUAAAAAAUGGCCAUGGAUUUAUUGUUAUGUAUUCACUAACAAAUCAUCAAACGUUUCAAGAUAUAUCAAAUAUGAAAAAUGUUAUAAGUCGUGUUAAGGGAAGUCAACCUGCACCUAUUCUCCUAGUCGCCAAUAAACUAGAUUUAGAAUGCCAAAGAGAAGUCUCCACACAGGAAGGAAACACCCUCGCAGAGCUGUGGGAUUGCCCGUUUAUCGAGGCCUCCGCCAAAGAUCGCAUCAACGUGAACGAGGUGUUCGCCACGAUAGUGCGAGAGAUGAACAUGACGUCGGAGAAGCGCCAAAAGAAGUCCUACUGCUGCUGCACGCUGUUAUAGGGCAGCAGCAGCAGCAGAUCACUCCUGAUCGGUGCACGCGUGAGUCGCCACGACGCGGCAUUUCUUUAAUUUCUUAAAAAAUUCUGCAUAAAAGGAGGAGGAAAAACCCUUUCUUUUUUAUUUUUAGGCUUUUAAGCAAAACUUCUUUUUUUUCUUCCUGUCUCUAGCUUAAUUCUUUCUCUACAUUUAUAUUGUGUAUAAAAAAAAGAAACUAAUUUUGUUGUGUUUUUCCUUCUCUUUUCGUACAAUUUUUGUUUUUUUUACUAUGACAGAGAAAAAUCAAUUUGUCUUUGGCUUUUGAGACUCAAGAGAAAGAGAGAGAGAAGAAAAAACACUUUUUUACCGCAAAUUGAUGAUGAUGAAAAGGAGGAGGAAAAAGAUAUUGAAAUCAUGUGUAUUUUUGGGAUCAAAAUAGCAAAAAAAAAAAGGAGAAGAAGAAGAAGAAGAAACUGAAGAAGAAACAAUGAGAAUGUGAGGUGAAAAAAAAUAUGUCGAUAAUAAUUUUUUAAAAUAAUGUGGAAAUGAAGAUGAAGAAAUGGAAAAUCUUGUAGAUUUUUUCUUUCUGUUUUUUUUUUGGUUCAUUCUGGGCAAAUUCUUUUUCUAUGUGUGUGUGUGUCCAUCGAAGAAGAAGCUGAAGAAGGAGAAGAAGGAGAAAAAAUGGAAAAAUAUAUCAAAUAACUAAGAAGAAAAGAAAAAUAGGUGAAAAGAAAAACAAGGAGCAAAAAAAAAAUAUUUGUAAUUGAGAGGAAUUAAAAUGAAAGUGAGAAAGAUGAAGAAAAAGAAAAACUUUAUAGUGUUAAAAGAAUAAAACAUAAGAAGAGAAGAACAUUUCAAGAAGCGUCAGAAGAUGAAGAUGAAGAAAAGUGUGUGGAAAAAGUGCGUGUGAAAGAGAGAGAAAAAAAUAGUUUGAAUAGACAGAAAUAUUUUUGCACAACUUCGUGAAGACAAACAAGAUAAAAAAUUUAGAGAGAAAAUAAAAAAAAACAUUCAGUGUUUCUACCAAGAAUA